AUGACUAAAGUUCCUUUACCAUACGACCCUAAGGGAGAGCCUAUUAAAGAGCAAGUGCCAUACAAUGGCGCCACUUUUUUCACCACAACCUGGAAAGUGCCCGAAUCUGUUACAUACAAGGGUAAAAUCAUCUAUGUCCACGGUUUCUGUGAACACUCCGACAUUUACACGCAAUUUUUUGAUGAUUUGAGUCAGAAUGGCUACGAGGUGUUCUUCUUUGACCAAAGAGGAGCCGGAGACACUUCACCUGGGAAGGAUGCCGGUAAAACCGACGAGUUCCACACAUUUGACGAUUUAAAUUUCAUGAUUAAGAGAAACUUGGAUGCGAGGACGGACAAGUCAGAGAAGUUUAUUCUAGGUGGCCACUCGAUGGGAGGUGGAAUUGUGUUGAACUAUGCAAUCAACGGUAAAUACAGAGACGAGUUCAAAGCAGUGUUUUGCUCGGGUCCCUUGGUGCUUUUGCACCCCAAAACGCGCCCUAACAUCCUCGUUAGGGCUUUACAGCCAGUGAUAAACCUGCUCGUGCCUACUCUAAAGAUAGACUCUAAGUUGACAUACGACUACAUCACUUCUAACGAGGACUGGAAGAACUUCAUCAAGAGCAGCGACAAGAAGUUGAUUGGCACCAUAAGGCAGUUCAACGAUAUGUUUGUUCGUGGAGAGAAGUUGACACAAAAGGAGUAUGUUGCCGACUUUAGCCCUACCAUUCGCUUGUUGGUGUUGCAUGGUGACAUAGACUACAUCAACGAUAUAGAGGGGUCCAAGAAGUUCAUCUCUGUGCUCCCGGAUACCGUCAAGCACGAGUUUGUGCCAGUAGAGGGAGGCAGGCACUCACUUUUCAACGAGAGAAAAGAAUUAUAUGACGAUACUUUGAGCCGUGUGUUGAAGUUUUUGAAUGAGGAAGCCUAA